AUGUUUGUGUCUAAUAACUUUGGAGGUGUUGUACCAAAAAUGGACCUUACUGAAGACGACAAGAAUUUCAUAGCACUCAUCAACAAAGAACUCAAGUCCUACAUAGAUGAUAAUGAGAAAAUGAGGUAGGUCUUCUUUGUUUUUGCUUUAGAAAGGUGCACAAGAUUGUAAUAUUUUUAAAAGCAAAGGAAAGAAAAAAAUAAUUGAAUAAAUGCCAGCACGUGUAGAGCGUUUUCACAUGACGUCACGUCGGCCAUAUUGUACAAAACAAUGAAAGGGGGGCUAUGUCGGUGUACCAAAAAAAUCAUGUGGAUUGAACAUGAGGAUUGAACUCUUCUAUCAUUCAAAACGGUUUUUUUUGGUUUGAAAAAUUGCAUAGCCAUUGAGCACGUGAGGGAAAACGAUCUAUUGUUAGACCCCAAUCUCAGACGCGUUUUCAGAUUCGACGAAGAACUUGUCACGUGCUAUAGGUCAAAACUGUCCCUUGAGAAAUUUAGUCUCGCACGUGAUCAGGUCGUGUACCUUCAAACCGCGGGAAAUCUUAAGAACCAGUUGGAUUGAGCAAGUGAUUUCCCAACCUCGUUCCCAGGGUUCUCUCCUACCCGUCUCUACCUCCCAGGGACGGGUAGGAAAGAACCCUGGGAACGAGGUUGGUAAUUCUCCCCUUUUCAUGGCCGAAACUCACUGUCUCCCUAGUGGCCAGUCCUUAGAUGCUUAUGUUUCUAUUUCAGGCUUAGAGAAGGGUUGAAAGUUGUUUUAAACAUGUCCAAGCUUGGUAACCAGUUCAUUCAGUCUAACAAACCCUGGGUUCUAGUCAAAGGAAGCGACUCUGACAGGUAUGACGGCAAUGAAUACAGAUAACUCGAUUAUAUACGUAACCCUACAUAUGUUUUGUUCAGCGGGAAAGCACCAGGGCCGAUUCUUUGUGGCGGCAGAUUUGAACAAACCUGUUUGCUUGCCUAUUUGUGUGGCUUCGUUUUUUGCUUUCUUUACUUUGCUAUUCACGUUAUCAAAAGCAUGGUUGGUGAUGCCUUUUUCUACCAAAACACGGAAUACAGCUGAGGGUUAUCUUGUAAAUACCAUUUUACGUUGAUUAACUUGUGUUGUGGAUGUGCGGUGACGGGACUACUAAUUUAAAUAUAUAGACGAGUUGUUAAGGUCAAGUCGUGGGCUCCACGCGCGCAACUUCCGCGGUCGUGAUUAUGAAGAUAUCGCAACUGAUAGCUACGAUGAUGAUGAUGAUGAUCUCACGUUUAAGGACCUAUCAGUCAAUAAGUAAGAUAAUGUGACUUUUGUAGAUCGCGUGCAGGCACAGUCCUUGGUGUGGCUACAAACCUGGCCUGGUUACUUUCGGUCCUCAUUCAUCCCUACAUGCCUGGAAUCUGUGAAGAAAUUCAACGCCAACUUCAGGUUCGUUUAGUCAGUGUUAGUUCAGGCGUUGAUAUUUGGUUUUGUUGGUUUCUAUUGCUUAACAGAUCUCUUUAUUCAACCUGCAUACUCUCGAUAAUUACUCUUGAAUAAGAACAGAAACAAGAAUAAGUCUGUUUAAACUACAGCAAAUAAAUGAAGAGCUUUGUGAUAUGGCUACUGCAUUCUGUACACGUUGCAAUGUCAGGACUCAGUUUUUGCUUUUGAAGGAAGACCCUAUAACAAACUAUUGCAGUAGUCUGACCUACUAGUGAUUAACGCGCGCAAUUAAAUCGGCAGACAGUCUCUUGACAAAUACCUCCUGAUACUUCUUAAGUUUUCAAUAUAUGGAAAAAGUAAGCUUUAUGUACGUUCGAAAAAAAGUGUUGACAUUUAAAUUUGAAUCAAGCCAGCAGCCGUAAUCUUAAACAUUAGAGCUAGGUUUACUAAAUGGCAUCAAUUUCAUAAUUGCUGCUGAACUCUGAUUCAAAUGAACUCUAUUUACGGUGGUAAACCAAAGUUUUAAAACGGUGACAAACAUUUUCAGGUCACGGACGAAGGAAACGUGGUGCUGGAUAACUUUAUUCCUUACCUUCAACCUGGUCACAAAAUUGGAAAGGUAAGAACGAGGAAAUAUUACUUCGUCAACUCAGCAUUUCUUUUGUGUGUGUCCAUAACCUCUCAGCAAAUUCAGGUAGUGUUGUUGAAGGUUUUUUUAGGCUUUGCGUUCUAUUUAGCUUCCUUUGUAACCAUUGUGAUGUUAAGCCUUCGUUGCCAUGGUAUUACCGUCGUUUCCAUGACAUUUCGUUGUCAUAAUAAUUCUCUCGUUACCUGGGUAGUGUAUUUGCUGCCAUGGUAUUGCUUUCGUUCUUUACCACGGUGGUGCUUUUUUUACUACCUUAACUAAGUUUCACGUGAUAGAAGGUCAAAACCCGCGUGAUCAGUUACUAGUGAUACAAGUUCCAAACGCACGUGAUCAAAUUGCGUUCUAUGCGGUCCAUUCACUCGUAGUGGACGUCCAAAUGCUGGCUACAUACAUGCCACGCAUGCGUAAUAGCAACCUUGAGUUGAGUAUUAGUAGUAAUCAGGGAAAAACAAAUUGUGGUCGAGAUUCCUAUUUGUGUGUGCGGGUAUCAUCGGAGAACGUGUGUGAUGUCACGUGGAUUGAACGUGAAAAUGAGGCAAGUAGCUUGCGUGAAAUUCUAUGGCAAAGAAAAUGGUCCGAUAUUUAUCCCCAAAAAAAAAAAAAAAAAAAAUGGUUGUUCUUUCGUCGCCAUCUUUGUUUUUUUACUACCAUGUUAGCGGCCAAAAACUGUACCCAUAUUAAGCUUGCACAUUUUCGUGAACAAGGUAAUUUAUCGCCUUGCAGCCGAUUGCUAAUUUCUCUUCAUUUGCACGAGUCGCUUGUGAGUGAACCCUGUGUAUCAUGUAAAUAUUUAUUUUUAGCCGCAGCCGCUGUUCCAAAAGAUUGACCCCUCGAUGGCCGAACAGUUCCGUGCAAAGUAUGGCGGAAAUAAACAAAAGCAACAGGCUGCGAGUGACAAAUCAAAAAACACCAACACUUCUGACGGAAGUAACGCGGGCAAAAUAAAUGCUUCGUUACAAACAGAGGUCGCUAAACAGGUAAGGAACGUUACGUUUUUCUAUGUCUAGAGUAGUACCAAUUUUUUUUCUUGCCGAGAUUUCACUACUCCUGACACAAGUAAAACGCAAGCACAAGUAUGAGAGACUCAUAUCAAGUAAAUACGAACGCCUAGGCAAGCGCUAAGUUUAAACCAGGAUCAAGGUCCUUUGGAAAGGACGCAUCAUUUUCUCAAGUGCUAAUAUUGUGGUCGGUUAUAAAAGAUAAUGUUCGUAGUAUUUUUACUGAGGAAACUUUGCGCAACGUAUGGCGUACAAGUGGCUGCGCAUGCUCGCGCUAUCGGGGUGGUCACGUGCUGAGGAUUUUAUCAUAAUUUUUUAGCAAAGUUUUUGUGUUGUGCAUGGCCAACAGUGAGAAUCGAGAAGGGAACUGGAACCAAAAUUUGUCUCGCAAUAGUUUGUGGUAUCGUUACUCGACGCGCCGGAAAGCUAUUAGAUAGUUUAAGCAUUACGCUUACGGCAAACGGCAAACGGCAGAUUCAAGUUGAGAAUUCCUCAAAAUAGAAAAUGAGCAGAUAAAAACAGCUCAAAACAAUUCUUAUGGAUAAAAAAUUGUGUGAAACUACUAAUUUAGGUGUAGAAGUUAUGAACAGUAAACGACAAGAAAAGUAGGAAACUUGGUCUGAGUGGCACAAAUUCGCUUUUUCCGUUUCACUUUAACGUGAUGCUUAACCUCUCUAUUGGCCAAUUUUAUUCCUCAGUAACAGUUCCAGAAGUCUUUGGGAAAGUUAACUCGGCUCAAUUUCCUUCUCUUUUCUCUAGACGAGAAUUGACCGGUAAAGACAAAUUUGCCUUGACGAACGUCUUUCUAUUUCGUGUUGAGUGGAGUCACAUUGGGUUGUUAAGAUGACGUUUAUCGUGUAAGCGACAACCGUAUACAGCGGUUCAAACUGCUGUUGUUAUUUAGAAUCUCGCCAAGAAAGUUUAUACCGUAACAUUCCUUUAUUUUAAGGGCGACAAGGUGAGAAAAUUGAAGGCUGACAAGGCUGAAAAAGCCACAGUGGAUGCUGAAGUUGCCAUUCUUUUGGAGCUCAAGAAAAAGUUGGCCAUCGCCGAAGGGAAAGAUCCUAACGCGCUGGAAAAUAAGGGGAAAAAGAAAGGGAAAAAGGCAUAA